AACAAUAAAAACCUUAUCACUCUUUUUGUAAAAAACUUAAUUGUUGCGUUUCAUUAUUACCAAAUACGUAACAAAUUGGUGACCCCUGACGCUAAGAUUUCUACAACUACAGGACUAGUAAUGGCAACGAGCGAUAGCAAUUCAUCAGUGCAAAUGCAAAUUUCCCGCGUAGCUGUGAAAGCUCCACCAUUUUGGCGUGCCGACCCUCUUUUGUGGUUCAAGCAAAUGGAAUCUCAAUUUUUGAUGGCUGGUGUUACGCAAGAUGCGACAAAAUUUCAUACCGUCGUGGCUUCAAUUGAAAGCAAUAUAUUGGAAAAGACAGCAGAAAUUAUUGUAAAUCCUCCUUCGGAAAAUAUGUAUGACACGCUUAAAAAUAAAUUGAUUAGCAGUUUUACGGAUUCCGAGGAGAAGCGUCUCAAAAAGCUGUUGACAAAUAUUGAACUCGCGGACAAAAAGCCAUCCGAAUUGUUGUGGGAAAUGCGGUCUUUAUCACAAGCAGAGAAAUCAACAGUCUGCAGCCGGGCAAUAUACGAUUGUAUAUUUAAAAGGUUUAGCAGAAAAUUUUGGAGCGAUUCGGGUCAAAGCUGCAAUUUAAGGCAUUACCAUUCGCAGGCGGAUUUACAGGAUUUCGCUAGGGAUAAGCGAACCUUAAAUCACUAUUAAAUCUAUUCAUAAUGAGUGAGCCUAGCCUUUUGAUAUACCAAAUGGAGCGUAAAUCAAGUGACAACGCCAAAAGACAAAAUCACAAAAAGAGUGUGGCUGCACGUCAAAACAGAAACAAUCUUUACUUUCUCAUUCUCUUCUAUUAGCUCGGGCAAAUUUCGACAAAGAGAUUUUCGGGCUAAAGGCUGGUACUAUAUUCUCAUUUUGCGAUAGACUUGCUGAUUUCAUUCAGUAGGACUUCCCUCAAUA